AGGGGAUUUCUCGGGACUAGAAUCGUGUUUUCACUGGUGUGUUCUUUAUUUCAACUCAAGACGGCAAUGUCAAUGGUGUAUUCACUGGUGUAUUCUCACCGUUAGAGGUCUUCACAAGACGAGAAUUAAAUGCCCGAAACAUCAGUGACCAGGUAGAAGACGUGUGGACCACACCCCUAUAGGUAACAAACAGCACGUGUCAUCAACACAUCAGGGUUAACACAGACUGAGAUCCAAAGGGUGCCACAGUCAGCCAAGGCUUUGUGGAGCAGAUCACGGGUCUGUUAGCCCGCUGUGACAGCUAGCGACUAUAGCACGGCCACAUCAUGCAGCACAUUAAGCUGGUCAUCGUGGUGAUGUGGCGUGGGUAAGAUUGCCUGCUUAUUACUUACACUACCCAUGGCUUCCCAAGCGAAUAUGUGCCUACAGUCUUCGAUAACUACAGCUGUAAUAUCAUUGUGGACAGCAAGCCCGUCAACAUCGCCUUCUGGGACACUGCCGGCCAGGAGGACUACGAUCGGUUGCGUCCCUUGUCCUAUCCUGGGACUGACAUUUUUCUCCUGGCCUUCUCCAUCGACAACCCUGCCUCCCUGAGAAACAUCGAGGAGAAGUGGUAUCCUGAGACCACUCAUCAUUGUCCUGCUGUUCCCAAACUGCUUGUGGGUUGUAAAGGAGAUCUGCGUGAGCGAGCGGGAGCGGACGCAAAGCUUCACGUGACCUACAAGGAUGCGAGGGCUGUGGGGAGAACUUUGGGCAUGCAGUACUUGGAGACAAGUUCCCUCUUGCAGACAGGACUCACAGAACUUUUUAACUAUGCGGUGUCAGCGGCUGUCUCAGACGUGAAGUCCAAGAGGUCCCGUAGCUUGGUCUCCAGGCUGUCAGGCAGGCGCCAGGCUAGCACCCCCCUGCCUCCCGUCAUGCCUCCGGCUGGAAAGGCGCCAUGGCUGGAGGUGGCGACAUCUAGUGCUGACGACUGGUAUAACUGCUGCAGGACCCGCACUUUCCAUGAUGUCACCUUCGUGGUGGAGGGAGGCCGCCAUGUGCACGCCCACAGGGUCCUGCUGUCUUCAGCCUCAAGCUUCUUUGCCAAACUCCUUGGGGUACCUGCAGGAAUCCAGCCUUUUGACCGCCAGGAGAUUUACUCUGGCCUCGUACCCGGCAUUGUCCGGGUGCAGGACAGUGACACCAAGCCUGGUGCCGAUGUCUGUGGUGCUGCCAUGCGUAACACCACCAUCACGCUCAGCCAAGACAUCAAAGCGUCCACUUUCCUCCGAGUUUUGGAAUUCGUAUACACAGGCGUGCCCAGGCUCCCAGAGGACGUGUCACGGGAGGAGGUGGCCGACCUGCAGCGAGUAGCAGGUGUGUUUAAGAUGGCGGACCUGCAGACCAUCUGCCACAACAUUCACACCGACCAGGACUUCUUGAACCCCAGCAUCGGCACUUUCCUGACUGACAUGACGGGGGCGGAGAUGAAGAGAGUUUUUCUCAACCAACCUGACUAUGCUGACAUCAUCUUCAAGGUGCAGGGCUGUCGACUUUACGCGCACAGAGCAGUGGUAGUUGCACGAAGCCCAGUGCUGGCAGCCAUGUUUCUGGGACAUUUCCGGGAGGGGACAGGCCAGAGUGUUGUGGAGAUCGCUGUUGCCGACACCUCGGAGGCUGACUUUCUGGCGCUGCUGGAGUACCUGUACACAGACCACGCCCCCAUUCAAGAGAGGGAUGCACUGGAAAUCCUGAAGCUGUCUGAUGAGUACCUCGUGCCUCGCCUUGGCAACCUGUGUGAGCUGUACAUCAGUAAAGACGUGGAGAGAAGCUGCACCCGCAACAUUCACACCUGUAGCAUCGACGUCAUCGGGGUGCUGCACACGGCGCAGACCUACAACGCCCUGCAACUUGCUGAGUGGUGUCUGCACUUCAUCUCCACCAACUACCUGGCUUUUGAAAAGAGACCGGAGUUUGGCCACCUUUCCAGUGACAACCGGAAGUACGUAGAAGAGCACAGGUGGCCACCAUUGUCCUACUUGAAGGAAGCUGAAGAAUACGAAAAGGCAUUAGGAAAGGGAGGGAAGUGCCUUGUCAUGUAGAGUUGUUGAUAGUCAAUGGUUUCCAGAGAUACACAAAUAUCUUUGGAGCCUGGAAUCAAAGUUAAGCCCGGCAGUAGAGCUCUUCACUGUCGUGGCUACAGCCAAGAGACUUUCCUGCCUAUGACAGUUUAAAGAAGAAAAAAAAAAGACAAAUCAGAGGGGGAGAGAGAGAAGGAUGGAAUUUGUGUUUUACACUACGACAGCUACUAAGGUAGUGUCAUGGCCCCGUAACUGGGUGCCACAGAGACAGAACAGUGUGCCCAGGACGAGAUGUGAACCUAGGACAGCCAGUCAUCUUGGAGAUAAGAGCUCAGCCGUUACACUAGUGAACUGCAGGAGAGAGGGUGGGACACACACACACACGUGUCACCUCGACUCAUUCAUUUUGCACGUGCCAUUUACUUGAUGAACUCUACUGGCCGUGACCUUGUAUUAGCCUGAGAUGACCUAAGGUCAGCAACUGUAUCUUACUGUUGCUCUCUGUGUGUGUGUGUGUGAGUGAAAUUAUUUCAAUAUGUAUAUAUGUUUAUAAUCAUUUC